AUGGAAUCUCGUGGGUACAUUUGUUAUCAUUUCAAUCUCAAUUCAGGGCUGAAAAUUUCACGAGGAAUCAGUUUCAGCCGUAUCAUCUAUCAUGUAAGAGCGAUGUGGAUGGCAGGAGACCGUCAUCAUUUUGAUUAUAAGUGGGUUCAAGUUGGAAUCACCUUCAGUUUUACGGAGUGUUGGUGCCAUUGCGGAAGCAUAAUGCAUGUGUAUGGAUUGACUCCACAAUUAUUGAUCUAUGCUAAAGAAGACAUAGAUUUUGAUCUCAUGGUGGACAUUUAACAUAUUGAAACUCUUGACAUGAAAUGAAAUUAGGGAAAAUUAGUAGUAGCACCAUUUCCAUGGGGGAAAUUAGUCAAGUCGUCCUAGAAAACAAGUCCUUUUAUAAGAGGAGGUUGCGGUAGCCACAAGAAAUAGAUGUUUAUUGGUUUCACAUUUGUCCUCUAAGACACUUGGUUCAACUUUGUACAAACUUGAGAUGACAAUAGCAUUAUUAUUAAGAUCC